GAUGAUUGCUGCACAUGUGCAAGCCAACUCAACCGCCAUCUAUUGGCGAAUCGGAGAAACCGGCGAACCCUUGAAAAAUUUUCCCCAAAACUAUCAAUAUUGGCCUCAGUCUCCUGUGUAUUGUCACCAAAAUGCACAGAAGGAUUUCGUAGUUAGUGUCCCUUGUCCCACUAAUGUUUGAGGUGAUUUUGACGCGGUCUGACUCGAAAAUCGGCGUGAUAUUGUGUUAUCCCGGAAGUUGGGCGUUACAUUGGAAAUUGCACAGCCCACAUUCAGCGUGUAUGGUGUUUGUUGUUGCCUAGGAAACGGCGCCGUAAUCCGGCUGUAGGAGAGGGCGUUUUUUAAAGAAACCUUUUUUUUUUAAUCGGUCAAGCGAGGGCGCUCCCGCGACAGAACCUUCCAAGAUGGGGAAGAUGCUAUCGAAGAUUUUCGGCACGAAAGAGAUGCGUAUUCUCAUGUUGGGGCUGGACGCAUCUGGAAAGACGACCAUUUUGUACAAAUUAAAACUGGGUCAGUCAGUCACCACGAUACCAACGGUUGGCUUCAACGUAGAGACGGUGUCAUUUAAGAAGACAAAGUUCAACGUUUGGGACGUAGGUGGCCAAGACAAGAUCCGACCUCUCUGGCGGCAUUACUACACGGGAACGCAGGGUCUUAUUUUCGUAGUGGACUGCGCCGACAGGGACAGGAUAGACGAGGCGAGACAAGAGCUUCACCGGAUAAUCAACGACAGGGAAAUGAAGGACGCGGUCAUCUUAAUAUUUGCUAACAAGCAAGAUUUACCCGACGCGAUGAGGCCACACGAGAUCCAGGAGAAACUCGGUCUAACGAGGAUCCGCGACCGCAACUGGUUCGUCCAGCCGUCCUGCGCGACGUCGGGCGACGGCCUCUUUGAGGGACUCACAUGGUUGUCGUCAAACGCCAAAAAUUAACGGAUCCUAUCCCUUCCUGUUUUCUACUUUAUGUAUGUAUGUAUGUACCUACCUACCAGUCUUAUGGGUCCACCUUUUGUUUCCUUUUUCCUUUUGGUUUCACAUGCAUUUUUGGUGACUUCAAACUACCAGGAUGUGGCUUUUCUGGGGGAGGGCGGGGCAUUAGGGCGUGGUUUGGGGCGUGGCACCCGUUGCUUUGGAAGCCAUUACAGGACCCUCCCCACUGCAGGUGUAAAUUUAGAUGUAGACAGGUGGAAUUCUAGUUCAUGCGUUUCCUCUUUGUCGAGCGGGGCUGCGAAUAUUCGCCAGAAAGUUUUGCAUGCGCUUUGAAACGGAAGGUCAUCGAACGCACGCUCCUGUUGGCUGUUGAGCAGUGACUGCCGACAUCUCACAUGUAAGACUAAGGCCAGUAUCGGUUUGUGUUGCUCAAGGACACUUUUCUUUAGAAGGAAUGCAACUGUGCCCGACUGAAGGCAGCUAAGCCGACGUUUAAAAGUGGGAUGUUUAUGUUUCUGUAAAGGGCGGAUGGAAACUGCUGCAAGGGAAGUACGUUCAGCGUGUACACCGUUCACAACAUACUAUCCACCAGAUUGUUUGCACUUGUUAACCCUAACCCUGCCGGACAGCAGACACUGCAAAGUCUUGCUCAGCGAGCUGGUCCUGUUGAACAAUGCCACUGUUGGAUCUUGUGGUGACUGGUAACCACAGACUCCCAGGCCGUUUGGUCUUGGGGAGAGUUGACCUGUUGAAUCUUGUUACACUGGGCAGGCAAGCUACUAUGACAAAGGACCCAGACUGAUUUGUCUGGCAGGGUUUUGAGCCAAAACACCCCGGAGGGAUAGGUUAACUUUCUUGUGCCAGAAACAGAAUGUGGUGUGAACAUUCAAAAAGCAAAUUCUUGUUAGAUGAUAGCAGCUAUAAUGUCCCCAAAAGAUAUGUAUACCUCUGUACGUCAGGACAUCAUUGCAAAGUGACCACAUCUAUGCUGUGGAAGAGAUAGCUCGAAACCUGUCGAAAGAGUCUUGACCGGUCCUUUAACCCCUUUGCUACGGAGGACUGCUACUACCGCACCGUUGUGCGAGGAUUAGUGCACACCACACAUACAGUCU